UGAAAAUGUUUGAUUUUAAAUGUUUUAUUGAAAAUUCCGGCACUCUUUUGUUUGUUUCCUUUUACUUCCUAUGGUUGACAUUUUAUGUCAGUUUGUCCUGAUUUUCCUGUUUUUGUUUUCUUUCUUGCAGACAUUUAUUUCUACCUUUGAUGAUCCUGCAGGAUGUGGAGAAACGGACAGAUUAGGGAUUAAAUAAUCAGAUUAUUUCCAUUUUGGCUGGAGCCUCCCUGCUGGUUCUGACCUUUCUGCAGAGCUCAGCUGCUGCAUGUUUACAGCAAACAUCUGGACCUUCAUCUGUCUGACAGAGACGCUAUUGUCCAGCUCUGUGAGGCGUCUCUGUCCCCUGUCUGUCUGUCUCUCUCUCUCUGUCCCCUGUCUGUCUCUCUCUCUGUCUCCCCCCUCCCCGUCAUUUCCUCUGCCUCUCUCUGAAUCACAGGUGAGUCAGCGGCGGCGGCGGCGGCAGAAUGUGCAGCGUGCUCAGACCUGCUGCAGGACAGCAGAGCGGUUAAAACACGGCUCUCGCUCGCCCAGAACCAGAACUUUCUGCUGGAUCCACCGACAUGCAGAGCUGCUGGGUUUUACUCUGCGUGGUUCUGGCUGCUCUGGGCUCGGUCCAGACCUCCUACUCGGACCCCCGCUGUGAGUGCGGCGGCCGGGCGCGGCUCUGCCAGCGGGACGCCUCUGGCCUGCGCUGCCUGGACUGUCAGGGAAACACGGAGGGUCGGCACUGCGAGCGCUGCAAGGACGGAUUCUACCAGCAGGGGGCGCGGCUGAGCUGCACGCCCUGCAGCUGCAACCCCGCAGGUUCUGUUGGCAACACGUGUGACAGCAGGGGGCGCUGCAGCUGCAAGGACGGCGUCUCUGGAGACAAAUGUGACCUUUGCCCCGACGGCCCGGUGGGAGCGGACGGCUGCAGGAGCAGGCGCCAGGAAAGAGAGGAUUCUGGGAGUUUGGCUCCGCCGUGUUUCUGUUACGGACACAGUGAGCGAUGUUCUGCUCGGCCCGGUUUCUCCGUCCACAACGUUUCCUCCACCUUCAGCUCAGGUCCAGACGGCUGGACGGCGGCGACGGUCCAGCGCACGACUCCUCAGGACGUUCUGUUCCGCUGGUCGCCCAAACACCAGGACCUGGAGGUCAUCUCCAAACAAAGCCUGCCCACUUACCUGUACGCACCAGACGUUUACCUGGGGAACAAGCUGCUGAGCUACGGCCAGAACCUGUCCUUCUCGCUGCGUUUGGACCGCGGCGUUCGCCACCCGUCCACCAGCGACGUCGUCCUGGAGGGCGGCGGCCUGAGAGUGGCAGCGGCGCUGGGGGACCUGAGGGCCGUCGUCCCCUGUGGGAAGAAGAUCAGCUACACCUUCAGGCUGGAUGAGAAAAGCAGCAGCAGGUGGAAACCUCAACUUUCCUCAUUCCAGUUCCAGAAGCUCCUCCAGAACCUGACGGCCAUAAAGAUCCGGGCUACGUUCGGAGAGGAUGGACGCGGUUACCUUGACAACGUGAACCUGGUUUCGGCUCGGCGUGGGGACGGCGCCGCGGCCGGCUGGGUCCAGACCUGCACAUGUCCACCAGGAUACGAGGGCGACUUCUGUGAGCGCUGCUCGCCCGGGUUCCGGCGCCGGACGCCGUCAGCCGGGGCCUUCAGCGCCUGCGAGUCGUGCAGCUGCAGGGGCGGCAGCUGCGACCCCCAGACCGGAGACUGCUACUCCGCCGACGAGACGCCCGGCGAGCGGAGCUGCUCUGAGGGUUUCUACAGAGACCAGCAGGGCAGCUGCGAGCGCUGCCCCUGUCCGGACAGGACGUCCUGCUCGCUGCAGGCCGGAGCGCUGGAGCCUCAGUGCCUCCGCUGUCCGCCGGGAACCAUCGGGUUUUACUGCGACACCUGUCGGGAGGGUUUCUAUGGCGACCCGGCAGGCCUGCGAGGCGCGCAGCGACCCUGCAGACCCUGCAGCUGCAACGGCCACAUCGACGCCAACACGGCGGGAAGCUGCGACCGCUCCAGCGGAGAAUGCCUGAGGUGUUUGGACAACACGACGGGUCGGUUCUGUGAGAGCUGCCUGCCCCGGUUCUACCGCAACCCGUCCGGCACCGCCUGCAAACCCUGCAGCUGCAACAUCCUGGGCUCAGAGGACGACCGGUGCGACGCGGCCGGCCGCUGCCGCUGCCGACCGGGCUUCCAGGGUCCGAGGUGUGACCGGCCCGACUGCCCCACCUGCUUCACCCCCGUCAGGAAGAAGAUGGAUCUUUACUCCAGCAAACUGAAGGAGCUGGAGCUCCUGUUCUCUGAACCGGGUCGGGUUCCGACCAACCGGGCCGAGAUGGAGGCGGCUCUGAGAGCGAUGGAGAGUCUGAUGAAGAACCUGCAGCAGGACGCCGAGCAGCUGACGGAUCAGGAGAAGAUGCUGCAGACUCGCCUGUCGACCAUCAGCAGCCGUCAGCUGACCGAAGAGCAGCAGGUCCAGAACAUCUCACAGACGGUCAAACGCGUCAGAGAGCAGCAGCAGACCUUCAAGUCCAAAGUGCAGGAGGUCGAGACGCUGAUCGGAGCCAUGAAGAAACUUCUGGACGAGGCAAAAACCAGAAUCCAGUCCGUGGAGCUUCCUGUCCGCGAUGAUCCGCUGCCUUCAGGCUCGCUGUCCUCGCUGGUGCAGCAGGCGACGGGACUGGCUGAUGGACACAAGAUGGCGGCCGACUCCGUGGAGCAGACGGCCAACGAGGCUCUGAGCGACUCCAAGCAGAGUCUGAAUCUGAUCCGGACUCUGAUGAACAAGGAGAACAAAGUCAAGGAGCUGAUUGGAGAUCUGCAGGAUCUAUACGAUAAAACCUCAGCAGAUGUGAAGAGCUUGGAGAAGCGAGCAGGAAGUCUGAGUGACGACGCCAAACAGGAGAGCAAGAUGGCCGACGGCAUGCUGAAAGACAUUUCCAGGCUGGAGAAGAACCUCCCGUCGUCGAUGAAGGAUGCUGUGGAUGCCAUGGCAACCAGGCUGGACGCCCUGAAGGUGGCAGCGCAGAAGAACAUGUCCGCCGUGGACGAUCUGCUGGGCGCUGUGGAGGACGACCGGACCGACGCCGAAGACCUGUUGGAUCAGGGACAAACCGCCCAGCAGGAGUUCAACAAGCUGCUGGACCGGGUCAGAACCGCUGAGGCUGAAACCAACAAGGCUCUGCGGAGCGUCGGCCCCAACAACGACCUGGACGACACCCUGAGCACCCUGAGAGGUUUCGACCAGCAGAUCAGCGACAGCAAAGCUGAAGCCGAUGAAGCCAUCAAGCGUCUUCCGAACAUCGACAGCACCAUCCAGGAGGCUGUGGGUAAAAACAGCUGGGCCCAGUCGGUUCUGGACGCGGCGUCCAAAGAUCACGACGAGGCGAUGGGAAACAUCAACGCGCUGGACGGCCUGGCUAAAAACCUCCAGAACACGGCCGGGUCGCUGCUGGACGCUGGCGGUUUGGUGAGCGAAGCCGACAAACUGAACCAGGAGGCCAAGAAGCUGAAGGCCGGAGCGGAGCAGACGGCCGAGGCUCUGAGGGACGGGCUGACGGAGGCGGAGGACCUGGCUGCUGGAGCCCAGGAGGCGGCUGCUGGAGCCACCGCGGCGCUCGCCAACGCCAAGCAGUGCAAAGACGCCGUUCAGGAAACGCUGAGAUCCGUCAGCAACAUGCUGGCCAACCUGAACUCCGGAGACGUUGUGGACGAGGAGCAGCUGCGGAGGCUGGAGGAGGCUCUGGGCCGGGCCGAGGCGGAGGUUCUGGUCCGCCUGCGGCCGCGGCUGAACGACAUGGAGGACGAGGAGGAGGCGCAUCGGCGCCGCCUCACCGCCAUCAACGCCGACAUCGACAGCAUCCUGAGGGACAUCGCCAACCUGGAGGACAUCCGGGACAGCAUCCCUGCUGGCUGCUACAACACGCCACCCAUCGAGGAGCCCUGAGCCGCAGGGCAGCAGGGGCUGGGGGUCAGGGGUCACAGGUCGGGGUCUGGGGUCACAGGUCGGGGGUCACAGGUCGCACGCUUCAGACGCUCCAGAAACGGGAACGGCUUUCCUCCUCCUGGGAGUUUCCAUCUGCUGGUGUUCAUAUCAAACCCUCCUGAGGAACCGGUUCUGGUCCGGCUCUGGAACCGGUUCUGGUCCGGCUCGGUCGGUCCACUCUGCUCAUUUUAGUGUUCAGAUUAUUUUUCUACAAAAUAAAUAAAAACCCCUGGAGAACCGGCUGACGUCGUUUAUAUAUUUUAUUAUUUUACAAUCGGAUGUUUGUAAGUUUAUUAUAUUAACUUUUACAUAAAUUCUGCAUUAUUUAACAAUCCACAGUUUCAAACUUUAAAGUUUUAAAUUGAAUUCGUCCAGCCAGUCAUGUGUAACCAUGGAAACGGUGGUUGUCAUGGCGUGUAACCAUGGAAAUGGUGGUUGUCAUGGCGUGUAACCAUGGAAACGGUGGUUGUCAUGGCGUUUCUUAGUGGUCAGGUUGUUUAUUAAACCUUUUUGUUUCAGUAUUUAUGUGAAUAAGGAGAGAAAACAUUUUAAUUUCUCCACUUUCUGCAGGUUGUGGAAACGUUUCCAUGAAUUUAUAGAUUAUUAACAGAUUAUUGUUGCUCCCUGAUGAUCAGUGUCGGAUACAUUUCUUUAUCUUUUCUGUAUUUAUACUUGUACAGAUUCAUAUUUUUUUGCUGAUAUAAAAAAUGUUUAUUAGUUUUGUUACAAAACAUGUUGGAACGACAGAAAUAUUAAUCUUCCUUAUUGAUUUCUAAUAAAAUCAACUUCAAAUCUUUGUUUAA